AUGAAUAUUGUUAAAUUACAAAAAAAAUUUCCUAUUUUGACCCAAGAAGAUUUAUUUUCUACCAUUGAAAAGUUUAGAUCAAUCGAUUCAGACGAUAAAGGAUGGGUUGAAAAACAGGACGCUUUGGAAUCUAUUGCUAACUCAGGUGAAGCUUCCUAUGAUCAGGCUCGUCAGACUUUAAAACAAGUUGAUGUUGAUGCCUCAGGCCACGUCGAACUAGAUGAUUAUGUUGAAUUGGUUGCUAGAAUAAAGGAACAGGCUCAGGGUGGUGGCGCUUCAGCAUAUGCUGCUGUCCCUACAGGUAAUUCACGUAUUGCUUCCAACAACAUAUCAAACAUAAUAACUUCUACCGCCGAUACAGGGAGCUUACAAGUUAAAGGUACAGGUAUUCAAGCAAGAAUUGUUGUUGGCGGUUCUACUGCAGGUACUACUCAUACAAUUAAUGAGGAAGAAAGAACUGAAUUCACAAAACAUAUUAAUAGUGUCUUAAGUGGCGAUGAAGAUAUCGCUGAUAGACUACCCUUUCCAACGGAUACUUUCCAAUUGUUUGAUGAAUGUAGAGAUGGGUUAGUUUUAUCCAAAUUAAUCAAUGAUUCGGUUCCUGAUACUAUCGAUACAAGAGUUUUAAAUAUUCCUAAAAAUGGCAAACCAUUAAAUAAUUUUAAGGCUGGUGAAAAUGCAAAUAUCGUCAUCAAUUCGGCUAAGGCUAUUGGAUGUGUUGUUGUUAAUGUUCACCCCGAAGAUAUUAUUGAGGGUAAGGAACAUUUGAUUUUGGGGUUGAUUUGGCAAAUCAUUAGAAGAGGGUUAUUAAAUAAAAUCGAUAUUAAGUUACACCCGGAAUUGUAUCGUUUAUUAGAAGAUGAUGAAACAUUGGAAGAAUUUUUGAGAUUGCCACCAGAAAAGAUUUUAUUGCGUUGGUUCAACUACCACUUGAAUCAGGCCAAUUGGCCAAGAAGAGUUUCCAAUUUCUCUAAAGAUGUUUCUGAUGGUGAAAACUAUACUGUUUUAUUGAACCAGCUAGCCCCUGACUUGUGUUCCAGAGCUCCACUACAAACUCAAGAUUUACAUCAGAGGGCUGAAGAAAUUUUACAAAACGCUGAAAAGUUAAACUGUAGAAAAUAUUUAACACCAAAAUCACUAGUUUCCGGUAAUCCUAAAUUGAAUUUAGCUUUUGUUGCCCAUCUAUUCAACACCCAUCCGGGAUUGGAUCCAAUUACUGAAGAAGAAAAACCAGAAAUUGAAGAUUUUGACGCUGAAGGUGAGAGAGAAGCCAGAGUUUUCACUUUGUGGUUAAACUCGUUAGAUGUUGAUCCUCCAAUUGUUUCUUUGUUUGAAGAUUUGAAAGAUGGCUUGGUUUUACUACAGGCCUAUGAAAAGGUCAUGCCAGGCGUGGUCGAUUUUAAACAUGUGAAUAAAAAACCAGUUUCAGGUUCUCCAGUUUCAAGAUUUAAAGCUUUGGAAAAUACAAAUUACGCUGUUGAAUUAGGUAAGAAAAAUCAUUUCAGUUUAGUUGGUAUAGAAGGUGCUGAUAUAGUGGACGGCAACAAAUUAUUGACUUUGGGCCUAGUUUGGCAAUUAAUGCGCCGAAAUAUUGUUUUAACCAUGAAGCAUUUAGCUAAGGGUAAGGAACUUACAGAUGGUGAACUAUUAGCUUGGGCUCAAGCUCAAGUUGUUAAAGGCAACAAAUCUUCAACCAUUAGAAGUUUCUCGGAUCCAUCCUUGUCUAAUGCUCACUUCUUACUAGAUGUUUUACAUGGCAUUGCACCAGGUUAUGUCGACUAUGAUUUAGUUACCCCUGGAACAACUGAUGAGGAGAAAUACGCUAACGCUAAGCUAGCCAUUUCUAUUGCCAGAAAAUUAGGCGCUUUAAUUUGGUUGGUUCCUGAAGAUAUUAACGAAGUUCGUUCAAGAUUAAUUAUUACCUUUGUAGCUUCUUUGAUGUCUUUACACAAGUGA